UCAGUCACUGUGGAGAUCAGGACAGGGUUUGGUCAGUAAGAGACAGCAGCAAACUAACUAACUAACUACCUGCACACCUCCUGCCCCUGAGCCGUGUGUCUCAGGUAGACAUCCCCAACAACAAGGCGAGGGCUUACUGGCUUUGGAGUUUUGCAAUUACUGUGUUAAGGUUGGUUUGGGAGAGGAAUCAGCUCAGUGCCUGUUCCCGGGUCUGUGUGGCUGCCUGAACAUGUCGCUCUCUCCCACCCUCCUCCUGCUGCUGCUCUCCCUCCUGUCCCAGGAGUUGACAGCCCGAGGCAUGAGCCGUAGCCGCCGGGAGCUGAGCCCUGGUUUACACCGUGCGGGGAUCAGAGACCCUGGGGGCGCUUACUGCAGCCGCCUGUGGACCUGCUGUCCGGGCAGGUCUGACACCUGUACUGUCCCCUACAUCGAUACCAUCUGCUACUGUGAUCUCUUCUGCAACAGGACGGUGUCUGACUGCUGCCCCGACUUCUGGGCUGUCUGCCUGGGCAUACAGCCGCCCUUCAUCAGGAAGGAUUGUGAAAGGCAUGGACAGAGAUACCCAGCAGGAGCCACUUACAAAGACAACUGCAAUCUCUGCACCUGCAGUGAUGGUCAGUGGAGCUGUGACCAGUACGCUUGCCUGAUUAACCACGAAAUGAUCGAUGGCAUUAACCGAGGACAUUACGGAUGGACAGCAUCCAAUUACAGCCAGUUCUGGGGGAUGACACUGGAGGAAGGAAUCCGCUACCGGUUGGGAACCAUGCGUCCCUCAGCCACCGUGAUGAAUAUGAACCAACUCAAUGUGCACAUGGAAAGAAAUGAACUGCUGCCCAGAUAUUUCAAUGCAGCAGAUAAAUGGCCGGGGAUGAUUCACGAGCCAAUGGACCAGGGGAACUGUGCGGCUUCAUGGGCAUUCUCCACAGCAGCCGUGGCCUCAGACCGUAUCUCCAUCCAUUCCAUGGGCCACAUGUCUCCAGUGCUCUCACCCCAGAAUCUGAUAUCCUGUGACACCCGUAACCAGCAGGGCUGUGAUGGUGGCCGAAUAGACGGAGCCUGGUGGUACCUGAGGCGGCGUGGGGUGGUGACAAACAAUUGCUAUCCAUUCUCCAGCACCGACAACCAGCCCCUCAGCCCCCAGUGUAUGAUGUCCACACGGAGUGCAGGUCGUGGUAAGAGACAGGCCACCAUGCCCUGCCCCAACCCUUACUCCCAUUCCAAUGAGGUUUACCAAUCCACCCCGGCAUACCGACUCUCCACCAAUGAGAAGGAGAUAAUGAAGGAAUUGAUGGAGAACGGGCCAGUACAAGCUCUUAUGGAGGUUCACGAGGACUUCUUUGUGUAUAGAAGUGGGAUUUACAGACAUGUUCCGGUAAUGGCAGGAGCCCCGGAGAAUCAUCGCAGACACGGGACACACUCCGUUAGGAUCACCGGGUGGGGAGAGCAGCUAACAGCCAAUGGAGAGAUGUCCAAAUACUGGAUUGCCGCUAACUCCUGGGGAAGGAACUGGGGAGAGGGCGGCUACUUCAAGAUUGCUCGAGGAGAGAAUGAAUGCGACAUUGAAAUGUUCAUUGUGGGCACUUGGGGACGGGUGUCCAUGGAGGACAUGUACCAUAAGUGAGCCCUGACCAUCCCGGCCUAGCCUGGCCCAGCCCAGCCCGGCCAACUCUAGCUAAAGGACAAUCCCAGGCCCCAGCUCCAGGACGCUUGGAACCUCCAUCACAACACAUUGCCUCUCCUCAGCUUGCACAGGUCAUAGUUCCACAACAGUGUUACCCAGCUUCAGGACAGCUCACGGCCAAUGUUCUAACGUGCUCAACACGACCCAGCACACUCCUGUGAAGGACUUCAAUCCCACACACUCCAUACACCCACCAACCCACCUACUGUCACAACAAUGAACCACGAGGUUCUGGGCAGUGUGGGGGAGAGGGGAGGGGCGGGGAGGCUGAGAACAUGUGACGGAGCCAUAGAGACACAUGGCAGAUUAGUGAGCAGCAAGACCCCCCCCCCCCCCCAAAGCAAAGACAUUUAAUCAGUCAAUAAUCCCCCACCCCACCACGGAAGUGAGAUUGGUUCUUAAAGCACCAUGGGGACAGAUAGAAGAACAGGGCCCUAUAUUCUAUCCCUGUCCUGACCGCUCUCACAGACGAGUCAAAGAUCUACAACUCAACCUUCUCUUAUCCUGUGACACCAUUCGGGCUUCAAAUUUAAGAUCUUGCAGAAUUGUGGAAAAUUCCUAAGUUCAGUUUUGCCCAUACUGUGAAUUUCUUUUAAGAACUGUGGAAAACUGACUUCCAAAUCGAUACUGAAUUUAAAAGUGCACAUAUGAUCUUAAAUUUAAGCCCAAAUUAACAAUACCAAAGAAAUCACAUCACAUAUUACUGUAAUACCAAAUUAAGGUGGGAAUUCUCAUUUCUGACGCCUUUCCUUUUUUAGGAGAUUUUUUGAAGCCACAUUUUUGCACUGUAUCCGUUUUGUUACACAUUUCCUAUAAUGUUUCACGUCUAGGUUGUUCAGUUGUAGAUCACAGCUCAUUCCUCUAACAUUGCUCUGUUCUGCACUACCUAAGGCAACCAGAACUGUAUACACACACUUUAGGGCAACAAUAACAACAACAACUUGCAUUUAUAUAGCACCCUUCACAAAGGGUUGUGUAUCGGGGCAUUAUGUAGCUAGAGUAUGACUCUAGGGAUCUGAACUAAAAUGAUUUCUCUAUGUAGUCCAAUAUCCUUUUUCCCUUGCUUAUUGAUGUGCCAACUAUCAUCAGCAUUAAUUAUCCCAAGGACAGAUUUUGGGAUCAUUUUGUGUUUUACACUAAAUUAUAAUAUAGACUUGGAGCAAAACACCCCUCGACCAUGCGGCUUCUGUUCAGCUUGUUCGCCUCCAUGUUGCGUUUCCUUCUGUUUGUUUCAGUUUUAAAUUCUAGCCCAAAUGGAUUUCAACUUAAAUUUUUCUUUAGCUCAGUAGUUAUUCUGAAGUGCGUUACCCAGCCAAGAACUGUGACAACUAGACCCCACCCCUCCACCACCCAGCCCUGAAAUACAGGGUGACCAAAAAGUCAUAAUAUCUAUCCUAUUAUCUAACAAAAAUAUAUAUCAUUAUUUCUUUAAGACUUAUUAGAUAUUGUAAUGGUAUCAUGACUUUUGGUCACCCUGUAUGAUGUUUCUGAUUGGCCACCGUAGGCUGAUAGGGAAAUCCCAUCAAACGGUUGGUUAUGAAUCCACUCAUUUCACCUCAAUACAAUGUGAACAGAACAGUGUGUAAAUAAUGAAAGGGGGUGAGAAGUUCAGAAGAUGACAUUUUACUGAUCACCUUGUUGUUCAUUCUUGUUCUUUUUCUGUAUUGUCAGUGCGUGUUCCACUGUCUCCUUGCAGCUAUGUCUUUUUUCAGCAGGAAGGACAUCAAUGUCUCUUAUAAACCUUAAUAAAUGUUUUUAAAGUAAA